AUGGAUUCGCAAAACAACAUGUAUUCGGAAAAAAUGGAAGAAGAAAAUACGGAUUCGGUUGGCUCGAGACUGGAUUCGGUUGGCUUGGGACAGAUGUCCCAUCUUUCAUCGCUACCAGAUGGUUCUAAAGAUAGACAGGAUUCAAGAUCCGGAGAAGCAUCACUUCCAGAUGAGUCGAAGAGCCAAGAAUCAACCCGUCUCCCAUCUCUUGAAGCUUCCAAUGGAGGUGAAGCAAUGGAUGAAGACAGAUCGACACGCACAGAAUCGGUCCAUCUUCCGUCUAUUCCAGUUGCGGAUUCACAAACCCAAGCAGCUGAACAAAUCGAUGGAAACAAUUCGGGAAGCAAUGGACCGGCUCGUCUUCCAUCUCUAGAAGUUUCCAAUGGAACUGGAUCAGUGGUCUACAGAUCGACACGCACAGAAUCGGAUCGUCUACCAUCUCUGCCAGAUGCCAAUGGAACGGCUCCGAAGGACCAAGAAGCUCAACGAAUGGACCAAAGCAGUUCGACAGACACAGAAUCUCCGUCUCAAGCCCUGCCCAUCGCCGUCAUCGUUGCCGUGCCGGACCCAACCACUGUAAAAGUCAACAGUAUCAAGAACUGGCUCGCGAGUUUCUCCGCCAGCUCUUCUAUUGGAACGACGUCGUCGUCGUCGUCUCCCGGUACGUCGUCGUCUCCAGCUCCAUCUUCGAGAAGAGCUAAUCUCAGGAGCCUUCCGAAGAGAAGCUACAACGAGAAAGACGACGACGACGAUCGGGAAUCAGGCGAUGACGAGUACGACGUCGCCAAAGACGAUCCACAGGCAAAAAAAAGGAGGAAAGAAAUGGAGCGAGAAGCAAGGAAGCUCCAGAAAGAAGCUGAGAAGAAGGAGAAGGAGUUCCAGAGAAAUAUGAAAAGACAAGCAGAAGAGAAGCGAAGACAGGAUCGGAGAGAGGAGAAGCAAAGGCUGGCCGAAGAAGCCGAAAUCCAGAAGAGAUAUGAAGAAGAUUUGAAGGAGCUCGAAGCGAUUAAGAAAGAGCAAGCGGAAAAAGCGUGGAGAAAGCAAAAGAUAGAAGAUGAUUUUCACAAAGAGCGACAGAGAGCUUCGAAACGAUUUUCGACCGAGCUCAAAAAGCAUGCGCCUCAAGAAAAGGAGUCACGGCAACAUAGAAGCCAUUCAGUGGAUUGGGUCAUGCUUGCGGAAAGCUCGCCGAUUGACGCAAGCUUCAAAGCCAGCAACAAUGGCUCUUACUUCCAGCUCCUGGAGGAAACAAGAAAAAUAAUGAAGAGGCAAUUCGCGAAUUCCGUCGAUUUCAUGGAGAGAUCAGCGAAAAUGAAUAACGGAUUCUAUUUUAAGUCAAUCCAAGAUCCUUUCUUCCUGGCAGCGAAAAUGCGCCAAGAAGAAACUAAUCAACGGAACAUCUUCACAUCGUUUGAUGAUGAGCUCAAGAUUCGUCCAGACGACAGUCUUUUGAUGUUCCCGCAAUGGAAUGAAGAGGAGCAGGGCAAGCUUGAUACUCAUUUUGGUCAACUGCCACGCGGAGGUCUGAUUAAAGACUUCGGCAAAUUGCUGGGAAUCGAGCCACUGUCUCAAACUGUGGCGAGGAUUGGAGUCCACACAAUGGACAAAAUCACAAAUUCGGCCUCGAGCCUUACCGAUAAGGCUGCCCUUCUCCUGAAGGGUUGGAAGCCCGAGGAUGUGGAGGAAGAGCCCAGAGUGCCCAGAGCCGGACACUACUUUUUGUAUAUAUACAAAAAGGUGGUUAAGGUCGACGAUUGGAAGACUUCAGACCAAAUGGAGUUUGUGCGGGACCUGCUCUUCUGGCUUCCAGUCCACUUGGCGGAUCUCAUCGGGCCCCUCCACGUCCCUCGUCCAUCACUCCACGCCAUCUGCCGUCAGCUCUUCGCUGUACUGCUUGACGAAUGGAUGGUUUCAAUGGAGGAAGUUCUUGAAGAGGAGCUUCAAAGUCUCUACAGGCUCCAAUUUGCCUCGUGGAGGCUUGAGUGCUCCAUGCUCCAGUCUGAUGCCCCGGUGCUCGACAUGCUGUCUCAUUGGAAGCCAGCAAAGCGUCCGGAAGGACUCUUCGGUCAUCUGGAAGGUCCCUUGGAGAGCGAGAGAAAAAGAAAGAGCAUGGAGCUCUGGAAAGCAAAGAAGGACUGCCGCUUCAAUCGGAAAUACAGUCGCCGCAUCGAGAGACAGAACAACCGGAAAGGAGAAAUGAUUUUGGAGGGGCAGCCGAAAAGACAAGCACCGAGAGGACGCUGGCAAUCAUGCCCGCCUGCUAUCGAUUCGACUAGGAUUCAGAAGCGACAAAGACCAGAAGAGGAGAGGAUUCGCAUUCCGCGGAACCUCCUCCCAGACUAUUGGGGUGGAUCUUUCUAA